AACAACAAUAACAACAAUAACAACAAUAACAACAAUAACAACAAUAACAACAAUAACAACAAUAACAACAAUAACAACAAUAACAACAAUAACAACAAUAACAACAAUAACAACAAUAACAACAAUAACAACAAUAACAACAAUAACAACAAUAACAACAAUAACAAAAAUAACAACAAUAACAACAAUAACAACAAUAACAACAAUAACAACAAUAACAACAAUAACAACAAUAAUAACAACAAUAACAACAAUAACAACAAUAACAACAAUAACAACAAUAACAACAAUAACAACAAUAACAACAAUAACAACAAUAACAACAAUAACAACAAUAACAACAAUAACAACAAUAACAACAAUAACAACAAUAACAACAAUAACAACAAUAACAACAAUAACAACAAUAACAACAAUAACAACAAUAACAACAAUAACAACAAUAACAACAAUAACAACAAUAACAACAAUAACAACAAUAACAACAAUAACAACAAUAACAACAAUAACAACAAUAACAACAAUAACAACAAUAACAACAAUAACAACAAUAACAACAAGAACAACAAUAACAACAAGAACAACAAGAACAACAAGAACAACAAUAACAACAAUAACAACAAUAACAACAAUAACAACAAUAACAACAAUAACAACAAUAACAACAAUAACAACAAUAACAACAAUAACAACAAUAACAACAAUAACAACAACAACAACAAUAACAACAAUAACAACAUUAACAACAAUAACAACAAUAACAACAAUAACAACAAUAACAACAAUAACAACAAUAACAACAAUAACAACAAUAACAACAAUAACAACAAUAACAACAAUAACAACAAUAACAACAAUAACAACAAUAACAACAAUAACAACAAUAACAACAAUAACAACAAUAACAACAAUAACAACAAUAACAACAAUAACAACAAUAACAACAAUAACAACAAUAACAACAAUAACAACAAUAACAACAAUAACAACAAUAACAACAAUAACAACAAUAACAACAAUAACAACAAUAACAACAAUAACAACAAUAACAACAAUAACAACAAUAACAACAAUAACAACAAUAACAACAAUAACAACAAUAACAACAAUAACAACAAUAACAACAAUAACAACAAUAACAACAAUAACAACAAUAACAACAAUAACAACAAUAACAACAAUAACAACAAUAACAACAAUAACAACAAUAACAACAAUAACAACAAUAACAACAAUAACAACAAUAACAACAAUAACAACAAUAACAACAAUAACAACAAUAACAACAAUAACAACAAUAACAACAAUAACAACAAUAACAACAAUAACAACAAUAACAACAAUAACAACAAUAACAACAAUAACAACAAUAACAACAAUAACAACAAUAACAACAAUAACAACAAGAACAACAAUAACAACAAGAACAACAAGAACAACAAGAACAACAAUAACAACAAUAACAACAAUAACAACAAUAACAACAAUAACAACAAUAACAACAAUAACAACAAUAACAACAAUAACAACAAUAACAACAAUAACAACAACAACAACAAUAACAACAAUAACAACAUUAACAACAAUAACAACAAUAACAACAAUAACAACAAUAACAACAAUAACAACAAUAACAACAAUAACAACAAUAACAACAAUAACAACAAUAACAACAAUAACAACAAUAACAACAAUAACAACAAUAACAACAAUAACAACAAUAACAACAAUAACAACAAUAACAACAAUAACAACAAUAACAACAAUAACAACAAUAACAACAAUAACAACAAUAACAACAAUAACAACAAUAACAACAAUAACAACAAUAACAACAACAACAACAAUAACAACACAACAACGGAACCACAACCAUCCACAUCGCAAUUUAGAGGGCAACCGCCCAGCGGAAAGGUAGUAAUCCGGCUUCAACACAUGCGCUUUCAGCAGGUGUACUGGGUAGGUGGUUUGAUGCAAGACGAAUUCAACCGUGAUAUAGUGGGGCUAGUACAACGUUAA